AUGCCAUUCGAUGGCGGUAAUAGUGCUCCCGGUCUUCCAAUGGCCUUACCAAGCCAACUUCCCCCUCAAUGUCUUUCAAGAGGCAAUCAGCGUGAUAUGUCCAAAAGCUUUUCACGACAGCUCGAUUGUAGUAGAGAUAUAGAUUCCGGAAUGCUGGAUUCUGCUCAUUCACAGUCUCCAAAUUUUCCCCCUGAAACCUCUCAAUUGAUGCCGAAUUCCGGCUUUCAUCGUUCCCCAUGCUCAGUACAUCUUAUUGACGAUCAAGAGAAUGUUUUGUUUCCUGAUGCAGAGGCUCUCCGUUUAGCUCUAGAUUGUCCAGAAGAUGUUCCAUUGAAACUUAUUGCGAUCGUUGGGAACACAGGUGACGGAAAGUCUUAUACUCUAAAUCAAGCCUUCUGCCAUGGGGUACCGGUGUUUAGAACAUCUGAGUCUCAAAUCACGUGUACUGUUGGAAUCUGGGCUGCUUAUGAGUCAAAGAAUAAUUAUCUAUUGGUGGAUACCGAGGGUAAGUAUUCCAGCAUAUUCCAAAUAUUAAGCAUUUUUGGACCAUUUUAA